AUGGAUAAAUCAGGGUUUGUGACCCAAAGAAAGCUUAAAUAUUCAUUCUUUGAGCCGAAGAAGGGUGACAAAGUUGUCUAUAAAGAAGUCAUCGUGUUCUUACAUGGAUUAGGAUCGUCGGAAAACUUUUACUUCGGAAUUGCACAACGACUUUCCGAGCAUUAUCGUUGCUUGCUUAUAGACAACGAAGGGGCAGCAAGAUCUACUCUUUUGAGGGAGGGUUUGUGUAUAAAGGAUUUAGCGGAGAAUGCUGUUCGUGUUGUGCAAGACUUAGGCUUGGCAAACGAACUUCUUGUCUUUGUGGGGCAUUCAAUGUCAGGGAUGGUAGUAAGCCAUCUCGCGGUUAGAUGUGAUCUUAAAAUCCAAAGAUGCGUGCUACUUGCCCCUGUACACCCACGAGAUGAACUAACAACGAUCCUUACCAAGCGCAUUGCCUUCAUAGAAAAGACAAAUCAAAUGUUUGAUGUCGCAAACAUCUUAAGCGAAAGUGCCGUUGGUUCUCGUUGCUCUGGUGUGAAAAAGGCACUCAUCAGAGAGCUUCUCAUGAACCAAUCAGUUAUUGGUUAUACAGCGCACUGUAGAGCCAUUUGUUCGGAGUCACAGCAAAAUGAGUAUUAUAUACAGCUUUAUAAAGAAAGUAAGGUUCCUACUCUAUUAAUACUCGGUGAAGAAGAUGAAAUAACUCCGUGGAAGGGUUGUACCCAAAUUAUUCAUGAAAACUUGCAAGCCAGCAAAGUAAUUUCAAUCCCUGGCUGUGGCCAUUGGACUGCUAUUGAGAGCGAGUCUGAGGUAUUCAGCUUGAUUGAGCUAUUUAUAAAAUAA